AUGAACUUGGACUUGCUAGCCCUCGCACAGGUGCAGACAGUAGCGACGCCUAGCAAUCAGUUCGGGGUGGUCGUCGGGCAGAGGGGAUCGGUCUACGUGACUCAGAACGGAGGGUUUUCAUGGUUUCAGGAGAAGCUCGAGAUGGACAGUGUCCUUGACCUGACCAAGGCCGUUGCCUUCGAAGAGGAAAGCGCCAUAGCCUUCGGCGGGAGCUGUCAACGUACUGUAUCCUUGGGCUCUUGGGAACGUGCUAAUGAGAUCGCAGAGUCGUAUUCCUCCGCAAACUGCGGUAUCUACAGGAGGGCAGCAGGAGCACCAACAGGGACACAAUGGAAUCGGAUUGCGAUCAAUACGAACAUCCCAGAAAGCGUUUUGCACACUUUCAAUGCGAUCUCGUUCUGCAACUAUACCCACGGGAUGAUCGUGGGGAACGGGGGGCUGAUCCUGAGGACUGAGAACAACGGACUGAGCUGGGUCGUCGCUCAAUCAGAGACUGCAGAAGACAUCCUGGAUGUUCAAUGUCAUGGGAGCACCGUCAUUGCGAGCGGGAAGAAUGCAAAGGUCUUGAGAUCGACUGAUGGUGGAGUACGAUGGAGCUUGCCGACCGUCACAAUACCCACGAGUGUUGGUACCAUCUCCUCGCUCGUCAUGAGGAACAACGUGACUGCGAUCGCGCUGGGGCAGACCAACGCCUACUUCACAUCAGACUCUGUAGGGGGGAGGGCGGAGAGGAUCGCGAUUGUUGAGAUGGUUGAGCUGCUCUUGAGUGGGUUCGACCAGCAGCUACUUUCGUCUGCAUCGGUAGACUUGCUCUUGACGCUCGGCGAUCUUGACCCGCCGCCAGGUGUUUCUUUCCUCUUCGAACUCCCUCCACUCGCCUCCCCUCACCCUCCCGCCAGCGCCAAGUCGGCGGCUCUGCCUGGGCUGCUGCAGGACUGUGUUGGCUGCGAGGUCAUCUUCCUUGGAGGAAACGCUCCGACUGCCUCCAACCAGGUCGAGCGACGAUUUUCACUAAGGAUACUCGUGCAGCCCUUCUUUGCCCUCGCAAACGUCUCGCCAUUCUUGUCCUCCUCGUUCUCCUGGCUCAGGCUCUACACAGGUGCUGCGAAGGGCAGGACCCUCAACGACUGCGUGCAGCUCAACUCGAUCGCCUUCAGCACCAUGGCGAGCUCAGGGCUGAAGAACCCUGUGAUAGCGGCUGAAGCACAGGUCAAGAUCAACGGUGUCAACGUGAUGGUCACGGUGGAGAAGAAUGACAAGUACCCUUUUGAGGCGGACGUGUUUGGCCGGCAAGUGGAAACUCUUCUCAACAUGACGUACAGGCCGUCGGUUGUUGUUCUCAGGCAAACGAGCACGACGAUCGACGUCAAAGUCUUCAUCACUGAUCAGCUGGGGAACGACUACGUGGCUAAAGUGAAGCUUCUCAUCAGCCUUGCUGAGGCUUCCGAGCACUCGGACAGCUCGAUAUGCAAGACAGGCAUCAGGCGAGUCACAGUCGAGCGCGGGGCAUGGGGGGCUGCGGCGGAUGUGGUAGUUCAGUGCAAUGGGAAGGCGAUCAGUGACGGAGUAGCAAUCUUCCUCAUCGUAUUCUUCUCUGUGUACGGCCUCACUGUUAUCUCCAUGGUGAACCAUCUUCUACCCUAA